UUUCUUUAUGGAAAGUUUAGAUUCCGCAGCUGUAUAAAUGUUGUCCUUAAUUGUUAUGUGCGUGGGAUCUCCAUUCAAAGGCGCGUUCGGAGUUUGUUGUAAAGGAAAGAAAAAAAAUGCUAAGGUUCCUCCACCUUUACCUAAAAACCCUAAAACAGUUGUAAAAAAUGGCGAUUUUUCUGAAAUAUCUAACGAGACGACUAAAAUUAUCCCAAAGCCAACACCUAAGGUUAUUGCCAACAAACCCUUAGAAAGUGCACCCGAUCUUGAAACAUUGACCGCUGCGCUAAGAAAUGCUAAAGAUCCAAUUCCCAGUAAAAAAUCUCCUCUAACCGAUGACAAGAAAAUAACCAAAUCCAAUGAUCAAAUAAUAAAAAAUGCGCCAGUGCAAAGAUAUUCCCCAACUAAAACGAAUACCAUAUCGGAUUACGAAUAUACUUAUGAAUACGAAGCAAUCCCGGGAAAACCGAAACCAACCCCUAGUUCGGAUUAUGAAUACGAGUAUCUACCCGAAUACGAGUAUGAAACUGUUGCUGGUGAAUACGAAUACAUAACUGGCUCUGAAACAAAUCCUGAUUAUGAAUACCAAUAUGAAUAUUUAUAACUGUAACAAUAAAAAUAUUAUUCGUAUUCUUCUCUAUUCAAUUCUAUCUUAAGCCAUUUCGGGAAACGAUGUAAUCAUUCUAAAAUCCUUCUUGGUAUUCAGUUAUUUCCUGAGGCCUAACGCUUAUCACAACCACUAUUUCCCUGAUGUAAUCAUACUUUUUAUCAGGUAAUUCUUCAACAGUUUUCCAUAGGUUAAUCUUUAAUAUACACUCAAA